GCUGUGUUCCUGUGACUGACACUUGACCCCGCCCCAUGAAGUGAACGAGCCAAUGGCACCAGACGCCGGGUAUCUGUCCCCUCCCUGUUGGUGGAGCUGAAUGUGACCGUGAGGAAGUUGCUGUGCACUUUACCGGUCAUGACUGUGAACGUCCGGACUCUCUGCUGUAAAUAAAGCACCGACCCGCGCUGCGCCAAUUGCGCAAGGAUGACAGAGUCUGUGGAGGACACGCUGCCCGAGGAGGAGAGGGAGUUCCGGAAGACUGUGGCUCUGCUCGGCGGGAAAGAGCGAAUUUACUUGGUCAGUGAUGUCUAUGAAAGCAAAGAGGAGGACGCGGAGGACGCCGGGAUCCUGCAGGAGUUCAUACGUGACAUGUUUCACAGAGGCAGCCAUGUGAGAAGCAAUGGGCAACCCCACGCCUCCUCCCCAGACAACCCAGAAGACACUGCGAACGAGAACCACAUCUACAGCAAGACAGAGGCAGCUACGUGCAGCAAUGAAAUCCCUCUGACGGAGAGGCCCAGAGAUUUGGAUGUGGGAGCUAGCCCGGUGGUGCAGACGGGCUCCGGCAAAGGCAACGCGGGUUCCGCUGAGAGGACAGCGACGCGCAGGGCAAACAUUUCCAGCGUGAAGCGAGCGAUAGACUCGCCCAUCAUCAUCUUCAUCUUCAGACAGACGUUUGUCGGUAAAGAAUCCAGCGAGCUGUGCUUAAAGGAGAUCCUGAAGGACGUCAGGGCGCGCACGAAGCGUGCCAGUAUCGCGCAGCCGGCUCUCAUUGGAUUAAUCCACGCCAGACAGGAGAGCGCCGAGACGCGUCGGUGCGCGCAGCUCCUGGAGAGUCUGAUCCGCUCAGUGUUCCAUAAACAUCCGCCAGAGACUAUAUGGAGCGACUGUUUCAUCCCGGACACAGAGGCCAACAUGCUCAGCAUCAAGAGAAACACCUGCAGAGUUGUACACUCGUCCCAAACAGCAGAUAAUACCAGGAAUAGAGGGAACCCGCUUCUCUGGCCAUUCCAAUGUUUGUUCUGGCAUCGGAGAAGAGGAGGCAGCGGUCAGACAAACAACUCUACGAACAGCAGGCAAAGAGGAGACAGUCUAGAAGAAGGCAUCCCUCUGCAAAAAAACAAUUCUGUGACUGUUGGGUGCCAUGUGAACGGAGAACCACCUUGGGGUGACAGCUGAUGUCAGGACAUGUGAACUUAUGGCUGCAGGCCUAUAGCUAUGGACAAUCCUGGUUUAACUGUGAAGUUGGCCUCAUGAUGCUGCAGUGCUUUAAAGCAGGGUUUCCUUAUGAUGCUCAAAAUCCCAAUUCUGAGCCCACGUGAUUCAUUUCCUGAAGCAAUGAUUUGUUGGACAGUCAAAUCUGUUGCCAUCUUGCUGAUUGUUGUUUAUGUGUAGAGCAGUCAUACAAGCUGAAUCCCAUCAAGUCAGGGUUUUUUUUGGGGGGGAAGAGAUGUUCAGAUAGAGACUUGUACGUUAGCUUAUUGCAGGCAGAGACAGCAGAAUAUUGGAAGUAGACAUUUUACAGCACAAGCACAACUUUAACAUGAGGCACAGUCAAACACAGAACAAGAUCCACAUCUGGGCAAUGCGGGCAACUGCUCCAUGGGACCCCAAAACUCUAGGCUUACUGUUUAUCAACUGGUCUGUGCUAGUUGCAUUUAUUUUAUUUGUGCUCAUUAACAUUUAUUUUGGAAAAUUACAUCACAGUAUCAACUGACAUGAUAGAAGUCUUAAAAUUAGUUUUACUUUAUUAGUGUACCUGACUGAAGCUCAGUCUUUAAAAGGGACCCUGUGUCAAAAUCUAGUAUUUCUAGAUCCUAACUAUUAGUUUUAGACUAGUAUUACUAAUAUUAUGGUGGUGUUCCUUAAGUGGUGCUAACCAAAUGUGUACAUUUGACAUAUUUUCUAUUGUGCUAAAUUAAAUUAUUGCACAACUAAUCUAGAGCUAGAUCUAAUGAAGAAAAACUUCACUAAUUGCACAGAGAACAGGGGUAACUGUGAAAAGUGGCCCAACUCUUCUUAUUUUUACUGACCCUGUGAUUUAUUUUUCAGGAUUUGUGCCUUUACAUGAGUGCUAUUAUCAAUAGCAUUCUCUCUAACAGAAACUGAGUAGUCUGCUUUUCACUUUUUUAUUUAUAAAUGUAUGCUACAAAUUGUCUGUUAUAAAAAUAAACCCAUCUUGUA